AUGGCGGAGAGCAAGCGUCAGAACUCAGUGAAGGCGCCGGCACAAAAGCAAGCCGGUAACGCUGCUGGACCAGGAAUGGCGGCAGCAACAGUGCCCUUGGAGGCAGCAUUGAGCGGGGCCAUCGGUGCUCGCGUUCGCAUCACGACUGCUCAGCCGACCCAGUCGAUCCUCGAAGGUACUCUUUUCACAGCGUGUCCAAUCACCAACCUAGUGGCGAUCAACACCGUCCCCGCAAGCAACCCAAGUGAUGCGAAGCAAGCGCAAACCGGAAACUACCAUGUGAUUCCUAUCUCGCGCAUUCAACAAUUCCAGCUUAUCGCCCUCGCCCCACCUUCCAACUCCAAUUCGUCCUCAUUCACAGACGCGCAGCCCACCAUUCAGGCGCUGGAUACCCGUGCGCUUAAGGCCCGUGAGGCAAAGGCAAUCGGCGAGGCCUUCGACCGCGAAGCGCGCCGUGGCAAGGGUGUGACACGUGAAGCCCAAGAGCUGUUCGAUGCUUUCAGCCGCACCAUGCCAGCGCGCUGGAACGGUAAUAACAUCAUUGUAGCUGAUGCUGUGACCAUUGCUGCGCCCUACCAAGUUGACGAUUGUCGCCCAAUUGUAGAGGGCGACACGGCUGCUCUUGCUAGAGUGCGCAAAGUGCUCGAGAUGGAGCGCAAGAAGAUUGAGCUCCGCAACGCCAGUGCUAGCAUCGGCUCUACUAGCACGUUCUCUCGUCAAUCGAACCACUCUGGGGAUCAGCGCAAAGGCGGAUAA